UUCAACAUGGAGAGGACACACAAGUGAUCAAUACGGUGUAAAUGAAGGCAACAUGAAAACCAUCUGAAGAGUGUCGUGUUGCGGAGGAAAGGAUACAAAUGCAUCCCAUUUGGUCACUGCGUUUCUAAUCAAUGACAAUAUCACUGUACAUUUUGGAUCGAAGUUUCUAGCAUUGGUUAAUUAACAAAUACUUGUCGGAUCGUGCGAGUCAGAAAAAACGAACAAAUGUCAAUGUCUCCCUCAACCUGGCUAGCGUGGAUACCCGUGUGGCUGCCAUUUGACUCCAACCCUUUUGAUUGUGUAUUACAAGGUCUGGUUGGUGCAUGUGGAAUCUCAGUGUUCUAUAAUCUCAUGAGAGUUCACCUACUCCUUCAGUCAAUCAGCAGUGGUUCUGAAUGUAAUGGGGACAGUAAAGAGAAGGAAAGGUCGAAGUCUUCACCUGCAGCAGGGAACAGGCCAGUGGGGGGACAUUGGUUGAGUGGUGUGCUGCAGUUUUGGUUCUUGACUGGCCUCCUGUCUCUGGUCGGCCCCCGGGUCUCCUCCCUAGUGGUCCUGGAGUUCUCCCUCAGGGCCGUUGCUGCCUGGAUCACUGCAGGACCGGAUGUCCUCCCAGGCAGCACCAAGCUCAUGCUGGUCCAGUGCCAGUUCUCUCUGGGCUGUGCUCUGAGCUGCAGUCUCCACUUCCUCCAGGAGGGGGCUCCCCACCGCUCCCUCAGCCUCCUGCUUGCGGCUGGCCUCAGCUGGCUGCUGGCAGGUCACUGCCACCUUCUCUGGGGCCACGUCUCCAGGCUCUACCACCUACACAGCUCCCAGCGUUACUGUGGGGUCUGCAUCACCCUCCUGACCUCCGGUCACUCCCUGCUCCCCUCGCUGCAGAGAGCCGUGGUCCUGGCCUUUGCCGUGGCCGGCAUGGCCGGCCUCGCCACCGUGCACCACCACUUCCUGUCCGAGGCGGAGUCUCUGAGGUUCUGGACACCACUGACCAUCUGCUACACCCUGUUGGUGGUCUACGUCCAAGAGGAGCAGAAUCGGCGCCCUGGUAGUGAGGCCCUGCUGCACACGGUGGUUCUGCGUCUGGGAGCCCUGCUGGUGCUCAUGCUGAUGGUGGGCCGCUGGACCGACGUGCUCCAUAUCCUCAUCACCUUCCUGGGGGAAGCUGUCUGCCUGUUGCCUUCUCAGGACCUCCUCCAAGCCCUGCCCCAGGAGGAAGCAGAAAAAGACAUUCCCAGCAGAUCUGCCCGGCACUCCAGCAGCACACAGCAGCACAUGUCAACAAGGAGAAGUCUGUGCUCCAUGUCAUCAGACUGCGACACACAGAGAGACUAUCAGGCUGCAGAAUACCACAACACAGACCAGUCCCUGUUUCACUCUACCUCAGAUAGAGACAAAUAACUCAGACUUCAAAUAUUGCCAUCUACUGGCCUAUCUCACUCAGUGAUACUGUUGAAAUCCAAUAAUGUCCCCAUUUACGCAGCCAUAUUAAGCUUUGAUGCUGUUUUGUCACAUAGACGUACACCAUUUCUGUCAUAAAUUAUAUCAAUAUUAAAAUAUGAACUGUUGUUUA